ACCUCGGCAUGAUCGGGAUAUAUUUAUUUCGUUGUGCAUUCCGAGUGUAGGAACGCCUAUUAAACAGUCGAUAUCAACUAUUGAAAUUUAUUUUGGAGAUAAAUCUCGGCAUGUUUUAAAGGGCUAUUUGUUUAGAUUUGGGAAAAUAAUGAAUGUAAAUUAAGCACGGUUUUAACAAGGCUUAUCGUUUGGAUAUUGUGUAAUAUGUCAGUGUGAUAUUGAUCGUAAAAUGUGGUUUCUUCGUAUCAGUACAAAACAAAUUACUUCCUUGUUACACAAUGCUGUGAUUGAAUGAACAUCUAUUUGUUUUAUUUCGCAAGUCUUUUUUAAACUCGAGAGAGAAUAUGAAAUUUUGGAUCAUCAAUAUCUUCCGACAGAUGGUGUUGGGGUUCGAGAAGCACUUGAACUCAGUGUUACUUUAUCGUGGAAAUGGGUCAAUUCGCUUUAGAAUUUACAGGAAAAGAACUUCCUACAAAUAUUCGGCAAUCUCCGGUCAGCUCGGGAUAGACAAUCGCUACUACUCGGUAGUCUUCGGCAAGCCCGGGAAGACAAAUAACCGUGUGUCUGAAGGCAUACUCGACAUUCGAUAACUAGUUUUAAUGUUGACACAGGAAUAUACAACAGCAUGUUUAAACACAUUUUUUUGAUUUGAAAUUGAUUGUUAAUUUACCACGGUUGUAACUUCGCUUAUCAUUUUGAUAUCGUGUUAGAUGUCAGUGUUUAAUGAUUGAAAUAUUGGUUUUCUUCGUAUCAGCUGAGUGCAAAAUAAUUUACUUCUUAGUAACAAACUAAACAGAAACCGACAGUUUGAACUAGUUUAUGAGUCAUUUUUAAUCCCAGGAGCGAAAAUGGCAUCUAAUUUUGAAUCAUCCAUUCAGAGGGGCUGUGACUUCAUACAUGAUUUUUCCUGCUUUCCUUGUGCAGAGAACGGAUUUAACACAGAAGCUCAACAUUAUUGUACUCAAUGCAAAACAUAUUACUGCAAAAGCUGUGUUUCAAAACAUAACGUAUUAUAUCAGAAGCACGCGGUGCUCGGCCGGAAGGAUGUGAAGAAAUGGGAGGCAGCCCCAGGGGUUGUGGACGCCCUGGAGAGAUGCGCAAUGCAUCCCGGGGAGGCACUGAAGCUGGUAUGUGGUGACCAUGACCAGCUGUGUUGUCCUGUGUGCGUCGCCGUGGACCACAGACAAUGUUCCAAAAUCCAUCCCAUUCCAGAUGUAGCAAAAGGUAUUCAGAGAAAUAUUGAGUUUCAACAAAUUCCAAAGAAGAUAGCUGAACUAGAAAAGCAAUUCGAGCUGAUGAAAGAAGCCAGAAUAAAGAAUACGACAUCUCUGAAAAAGACGCGGGCAGCUAUUUCUGAUGAAAUUAAAAUCAUUAGGAAAAAGAUCAGCGAAAUCCUUGACAAGAUUGAGAAAACAACCUUACAGGACUUGGACGGAAUGAUAGCCAAACUUGAAAACAACAUAAAGAAAGAUAUAAAAACUUGUGAUAAAAUGACUAUCGAACUGCAAAACAUGAUGGCCGCUUUUCAAACCAAAACAAAAUCAAGCGAGUCAAAAGCAUUUAUUGCGUACAGAAAGAGCCAGGAUAUGAUUUCACGAGGAAGCGAUAAUCUUCGUAGCAUAACAGCUAUUGAGUGUUACAAUGUAACAUUUCAAUCCAAGAACCUUAUCGAAGAACUUUUAUCUUCAACAAAGACCUUUGGAGCGCUUGAAGAACAAACUGUUAUUACCAAACAGCAAAAAUAUCCGCUUUCCGAUCCAAACCACGUAUUCAGUGUUGCAGAGUACAAGGAGUACAACGUGAAGAUGAGGAACGACAAAUGUCAAUGCUAUAUCUCUUGUGUAUGUGAAAUGCCUAGUGGAGAGUUUGUCAUAGCAGACUGGAAGAAUUGUAUCGUAAAGCUCCUUGACAAAGAGUACAGGGAGCUCGCCCACUGUGGUAUCCCGGGGAAACCAUGGGACGUGUGCCACAUUGACGGAAAUGAAGUGGCCGUUUGUGUUAGCCGUGAACUUCAUUUCAUUAGUGCUACGCAAGGGAAACUCGUUACCUCGAGAAAGUUAUGCUUCAACCAUUCAUGUUUUGCCUUAGCUCAUCAUGGUGGCCAGCUUUACAUCGCCUCCUAUAACGCACUGUACGUCUACACGUUGUCGGGACAGAAGGUGAAGAUGCUGUACGAGGACAAGUCACGGGGUAUCACGGUGGACAAAUGUGCCAUCAGUAACGACGGGAAGUCAAUCUACAUUACAAACUGCAGUAAACAUCAACUGAUCACCCUAGACAACAACGGCAACAAGCUGGCUUUACUCACUGACCACGACAUGAAAAAACCUACCGGAGUACACGUGACACCUGCUGGACACGUGUUCAUCUGCUGCCGUGACUCCGACACAGUGCUGCAGGUUGACAAAGACGGGAAGAAGAAGUUGGCCACACUGACAAGGAAAGAAGACGGAGUAAACGGACCACGUGUUUUAUUUUUCAGCAGCCGCUCUUCUUCUCUGAUUGUUGGUGGAGAAAAAGACACACUUCUUGUUGUCAAGUUAAUUUAAUAAUAAAAACUAUGAAUGUUGAUAUGGUACUACCGAACUGGGAUCUUUAUUAUUGUUGCAAAGUAUAUUACGGUAUUUUCAUAUAUAUAUAUAUUUUGUUUAGACAGCAUGCUAUAAGUAAAACAGAUAUAAAUCCAAAAGCAUAUUGUGAAUACUUUUACGUUAUCAUAUUUUGGACAAUUUAUAUCCCACAAACUAUGUGAAAAUGCUUUAUCAAAUUCGUUCUGAAUAAAUACGU